AUGCUGAACCACCCUGUCGACCGCUCGCCGCAACCACCCGCAACCACCCAGGCUGAGCUGGCGGCUAAGAUUGCUGAGCUGGUGGAGGCCAAGACCAUCGAGGGCGUUGCCGACGUGCGGGACGAGAGCGACAGGACGGGCGUGCGGCUCGUGGUGGAGGUCAAGCGUGGCUUUGAGGCGCGCGUGGUGCUGAACCAGCUGCUCAAGCACACGCGGCUGCAGAUACGGUUCUCAUGCAACAUGGUGGCCCUGGUGGACGGUGUUCCUCAGACGCUGGACCUUAAGGCCUUCCUGCAGCACUUCCUCGAUUUCAGGGUUGGCGUGGUGGAGCGGCGGGCGCGCCACACGCUGGGCAAGGCGCGGGCGCGGCUGCACCUGGUGGAGGGCUUCCUGGCGGCACUGGAAGACCUGGAGGCGGUGGUGCAGGCGAUCCGCGCGGCCCCCGACGCGGCGGCCGCGCGCGCGGCGCUGCGCGGCGGCCGCUUCAAGCUAUCGGAGGCGCAGGCGGAGGGCGUCCUGGGGCUGACGCUGCGGCGGCUGACGGGGCUGGAGGUCGGGAAGUUGACUGAUGAGAAGGCGCAGCUGACGGCCAGCAUACAGCAGCUGGAGGUAGGCCGGGCGGCAUACACCUCUGACUUUGACUGGCGUGUUUGGAGGGUUUCGCGCGUGUGCAUGGUCGCCAGCAUACUGGCAGCGCAGCUGGCGGCGACCAUGUCAUAG